GCUCCAAGUUCCCUCCCUCGCGCUCCGCGAAGCCCGCCUGAGCCCUCCCACUCGGUGCAGACCGAACCAUCGCGGCCGCAGCCAGCCGGGCCCUCCACGGCCUUGAGUCCCCAGCCCCCUUGGCUAACCGGGUCAGCUCUCUAUCCGUGGCCUCGCCGAGGCGGCGCGAGGACUAGGCGCCCCCUGCGGCCCGCGCUCGGCCCUCCGGCGGCGCCAGCGGCCGGGACCCCCUUCCCGGCGGGCCCGACCUUCCUCCCUGCCGUCCCCGCAGCUUGGAGCCCGGCUGGGGCCGCACCGCCCGGGGCCAGGGAGCGCGGCCGAGAAAUCCCCAGUUGGACAACAAGAGAACCUACCCUGUUCUUUCUACAUCUUGAAUUGAACGUUACUGGGACUCUUGGAGGUCUGAAAAGGAAAUAAAAGAUAUUCCAUGCCGCGGAGACUAGCUGGAUGUAGAAGAGACUCCCUGUGACACCUGCCUCCCGUCCAUAAAAUACUCAUCCUUCUCUCAACUCUGCCUGCAGUUGAGCACAAAGACCUGGAGGAGACUCCCACAUCCUUCAGGGAGAAGAAAGGAGGCAGCUAAGCAGAUUAAAGGAACUUGUGGCUUGUGGCCUUUCGGAAAGGGGGAAAGUGAAUCAGAGGCCCGGUGGCAGUUAAUGAGCUGUGAGAUGAGGCGCCGCUGCUGCUGCUGCUGCUGACACCCAGAUUCCAGGCUCCGUCCGCUGCCCUUUGUGCUUCGUGUACAUGUGUCUAUUCAGCGUAUCCGGAGGCGCCCAGACCAGAAUCCAACACGGCUGCCGGGGAGAGACCACCCACCAUGCCCACGGAGACCCUACAGACAGGUAGCAUGGUGAAGCCGGUCAGCCCCGCGGGCACCUUCACCUCGGCGGUCCCCCUGCGCAUCCUCAACAAAGGGCCCGACUACUUUCGCAGGCAGGCCGAGCCCAACCCCAAAAGACUCAGCGCCGUGGAAAGGCUGGAAGCGGACAAGGCCAAGUAUGUCAAGAGUCAGGAGGUCAUCAACGCCAAGCAGGAGCCGGUGAAGCCGGCCGUGCUGGCCAAGCCCCCGGUGUGCCCCGCCGCCAAGCGCGCCCUGGGCAGCCCGACGCUCCGGGUGUUCGGCAGCCACGCCAAGACCGAGAGCGGCGUGCAGAGGGAGAACCUGAAGCUCGAGAUCCUGAAAAACAUCAUCAACAGCUCCGAAGGCUCCAGCUCGGGCUCGGGGCACAAGCACAGCUCCCGGAACUGGCCGCCCCACCGGCCAGACUCCACCGACCUGCACCGGCACUCCUUCGCCGAGUCCCUGAAGGUGUACCCCACGCAGGGCCGCGGCAGCCCGCAGGAGGGCGGCUCCCACGUGGGCAGGAGGCUGCUGGAGCCGUCGGCCGAGUCCUUCCUCCACGUCUCGCACAGCUCCUCGGACAUCCGCAAAGUGACCAGUGUGAAGCCCCUAAAAGCGAUCCCCUGCAGUAGCUCCGCCCCUCCCCUGCCUCCCAAACCCAAGGUCGCGGCCAUGGCCACCGUGAAGUCCCCGGAAGCCGAACCGGUGGAACCGGCCUGUGGCGUCAGCCGAAGACCCUCGCUCCAGCGGUCUAAGUCGGACUUGAGUGACAGGUACUUCCGCGUGGACGCGGACGUGGAGAGGUUCUUCAACUACUGCGGACUGGACCCUGAAGAGCUGGAAAACCUUGGAAUGGAAAACUUUGCAAGGGCUAAUUCCGACAUCAUCUCCCUCAACUUCCGCAGCGCAAGCAUGAUCAGCUCAGACUGCGAACAGUCUCAGGACAGUAACAGUGACCUUAGAAAUGAUGACAGUGCCAAUGACCGGGUGCCAUAUGGCAUUUCUGCCAUCGAAAGAAAUGCUAGGAUCAUCAAGUGGUUAUAUAGCAUCAAACAAGCUAGGGAGUCACAGAAGGUCUCCCACGUGUAAGACCAAGUGCGUGCAGAGGAGGGAGGGGUGGGUCUCUGUCUGUGCAUCCGCAGUCGUGAAGGUUGUGAGGUCUCCUUGAAGUGUUGUGAGCUUCUCCACUCUCUUUGUGUUGCUCGUAGUGCAAUGUUUCCAAGUUGCAUGCCUGUCAACAUGGGGACUGACCUGGCUUCCACGUCAACCAUCGCUGCAGAGCCUGGCUGAACACAAUGUCAUCUGCAAAGAGUUUCAGGCCAGAAUCCGGUUAGGGCUUCAAUCUUAAGCAAAACUGUUUACACGAAAAACGGUAUACAACUUCUUCGAUAUUUAUGUGGUUCUUGUGUUUUUAUAUCCCGCGCUCUUGUGUCUUAAUUAAAGGUUUUAUCAACUGGCUUUUAAGUUGAGAGUAGAAUCUUUUUGAAAUAAAAAGCCAAUUUGCCUACGUGUGAGCCCGAAACAGUGGGGAAAAUCCAUGAGAUCUGCUACCAAACAGAUACAGUGACUGACCUAAGCUAGAGAACCAGGCUGGGUUUUCUGAGGAAGAAAGCGGUGAGCCUGAUGUUAAUCAUUUGCAUAUUGGAAUUCUCUUGCCACUUACUAAAGUAGUGGUUAGGGCAACAGUGCUACGUUUUGUGUCCGAUUAAGUGUGUAAAUGUUGGUGCUUCUGUGUAAUACCCCAAGGAAAGACAAUCAGAAACAAUGAAGGUGAUUCAAUCUAGGAGUUUGGGGGUUGGGGGGUUUUGUUGAUGUUCUUCUGAUUUGGGUUGAUUCCAAAAUUUCUACUAUUAAUCUUAUGACGGGAAUGACCAUUCUAAAGCUGAUACUAAAUGUCUUAAAAAAAAAAAAAACUUGUUUGUUUUUUGAUCAAAAACUGAUAUUAUGUGCUGACUCUCUCGUCUCUUUCCUUCCCUCCCUGUGCUUUUGAUUUAUUUGGGAGAGGGGAGUGGGGCUUGUGCAGGUGUGAGCUAUCUGAAGACACGAACACAAAUGGAAAUACCAGCCAUAUCAGUCUAGAGCCUCCCAUUCACAAACGAAUACCUUUCAUAACCGAACCAUUAUCUGAGCAGUGCGAUUGUGUUGUCUUGCAUAUGUUAUUCUCCCAGGCUGUGGACCUUUAUUACAGCUCUAGGAAACUGUAGAAACAUGAUGCCAUGUAGCUUUUCCACCCCUUGGUCUCUAGUGCUGCAUAAUCGACUCGUUCCCGUUUUCCCCAGUAACCUGUCUUGCAGGUGGAUCGUUAGCUGUGGACCAGCUGACAGUUGUGGUGUGUGGUGGCGGAGACGUAAAAACGUGUAGCAGUCUGCUUCAUUGCACCGUACUCAUUCUCUGAAGUUCUCAGCAGCACUACCUUAGACUUCAUCAGCUAAUGGGAAACUUUUUAUGGUGUAAAUGCUGUAAGACUUUGUACAUACUUCAGUUGUUACGAAAUCUUUAAGAAAAAAGAAAAAGUUACGCUAAAUAAAUAGCUCUGGUGCAGGCA